AUGUCGCGCACGAUCCGCAUAGCCGCUGCACAGGUUGGCGCAGUCCAUCGCACUGACAUCCGUGGAAACACAAUAGACCGACUCGUCCGUCUUCUCAAUCAAGCCGCUGAGCAAGGCGCACAUGUUGUACUAUUCCCAGAAUGUACUUUUACCACCUUCUUCCCUCGUCAUCUCAUCACCAACGAAGCGGAACUCGAGUCGUUCUUCGAGCACGGCGAUGUGACUACAGCAGAAAACACGAGACAUAUCUUCGAACGAGCUAAAGAGUUAAAGGUCGACAUCUGCAUCGGAUUCGCAGAGGCCACAGAUGACGGCGACCACUACAACUCCUGCGUCUAUUAUCACGCCAAGUCCGGAUCUAUUUUGUCAAAGUAUCGAAAGGUCCAUUUACCCGGAGACUUUGACCCUUUCCCCGAGCCCGAUGCCGUCAACCAGCUGGAGAAGAGAUACUUUAAGCCGGGUAAUUUAGGGUUCAACGCCUUCCGAGUACCUGGCCUGGUGGAGACCACACCUGAACACGGCGAGCCCAUCUUCGGCAUGAUGAUAUGCAACGAUCGACGUUGGGCAGAAGCUUGGAGAAGCUUGGGUCUCCAAGGCGUCGAAGUUGUUCUCGUGGGCUUCAACACGCCUGGCUUCGCUCCUCAGAUGUGGGGUGCAUCCGCUGACGUGAGUCCAACUGAAGCACGUGCUGAGGCCAUCUUCCAUCACAAGCUGGUCAUGCAGGCCCACUCAUACACCAAUGCAUGCUUCUCCGUCAGCGCAGCGAGAUGCGGGUUGGAUGAUGGGAAGUACGAUCUGGUAGGAGGCUCGACUAUCAUUGGGCCUGAUGGGAAGAUCAUCGCUGAGAGCAAGACGGAGGAGGAUGAAAUCAUCGUCGCCGAUUGCGAUCUUGAUCGAUGCCUACCAGGAAAAACGCGGACGUUUGACUUUGCCAGGCAUCGACGAACAGAGCAUUAUGGCAUUUUGACUUCUCAAACGGGAGUUGUCGAACCGCCGCGACUAGCACAAUCGGAAAAAGUGCAUCAUGAACCCAAGGCUACAGCGAGCGAUGGUAACCGUAAGAUGCCGGCCUCCGUCACAGGCGCCAGAUCUCCAAAGCACAUCCGCAUCCUCCUCUGCAACCCCAACGCUACCAAAUCAAUGACAAACGCCUGUCUAGAAACACUCAAACCAACACUCCCACCCGACGUCACCGUUUACGGCUUUACAGCCCCUAAACCAGCGCCAUCAGCUAUCGAAUCAAACUUCGAUAACAUCAUGUCCGCAGCCGCCGCCGCCCGAGCUAUCAUACCCGUUGCACAUCAGUACGACGCAUUCCUCAUAGCUUGCUACAGCGAUCACGCACUCAUAAAGGUCCUUCGUGAAGCACUCUCGCAGCCGGUAGUUGGCAUCAUGGAGGCCUCGCUGUUCGCUGCACGAACGCUGGGUGGUCGGUUUGGCAUCAUCGCAACAACGCGACGAUCGCAGUAUACGCUGGAGGACUCCGUGAAACACUACGGCCUGGAGUCGUUCUGCGCUGGUGUAAGAAGUUGUGAUCUCGGGGUUUUGGAGUUGGAAUCGAAGCCUGGAGAGGAAGUGCUUGGCGUCAUGUGCGACGUAGGUAAGAAGCUGGUUGCGGAUGGUGCUGAUGUGUUGACGCUUGGGUGUGCUGGCAUGACGAACAUGAAAGCUGCUGUUGAAGAGGCGGUUGGAGGUCAUGUGCAAGUGAUCGAUGGUGUGCUGGCUGGUGUACAUCAUCUGGUUGGUCUUUGUAGACUUGGGAUGCAAACGGCUAAGAGGGGUAUGUACGCGAGCGCGGAGAUAGACAGAGCGAAGAGGUCAAGAUUAGUAUUGAAUGCGUUUGGUACAUGA